AUGAUUCGUCCCAUUCUCUAUUCCCAACAAGUUCGCAAUGCUCGAUCGACCAGUCAAAGCGUUGUUCGUUGGACCAGCCAGACGCCGGUAACUGCAAUCCCACCCGAUCCCAAUUGUGAUCCGGCGAAUCCGCGAGUCCUGCAGUUCGGGCAGAUCUCUUCGGCCGCUUUCUCCAUCCGCGAUGGGAUCAUGAAGACAGAAUGCCGCCGUUCAUAUCGGUUUUCGAACCACUUGGGGAUGGAUUUGUUCUUGAAAAUGGAAUUGAAUCAAGUUACUGGAAGCUUCAAGGUAAAAUACGACGGUAACUCAAAAAUUGGGCUACGAAAUGACAAUCUAAAUGUCUUUUAAGCUUUUCUAAACUGUUACUUUAUUAUUUUCUCUGCUUUUCAGGAGCGCGGAGCCCGCUGUGCCCUUCUCCGACUGACUGAAGAACAACGAGCCGCUGGAGUUUGGGCCGCGUCUGCCGGAAAUCACGCUCUGGCCCUGUGUUAUCACGGAGGUCAGCUGGGAGUGCCGAUCAACGUUGUCAUGCCGAGAUAUGCUCCAUUGGCCAAGAUCGACUUUUGCUCAAAGCUGGGGGCCAAUAUCAUAGUCAAAGUCUGACUUUUUUAAAAUACGAGACAAUUUCUUUUACAAAUUUUUAAAAUAGUUCAAAAAAUGCUUUCAUUUUGCAAAGCAUUACUGCCAAUAUUAAUGACAAAAAUUUUCAGGGCAAGGACAUCUCGGUGGCGCGAGAAAUCGCCUUGGAAAAAGCUGCUUCCGAGCCAAAUGCCGUGUAUAUCAAUGGCUAUGAUCACAUUGACAUCCUGGCUGGCGCAGGAACCGUGGCGCUGGAGAUUCUCGACCAAAUCCGACACGUGGACGCCAUUUUGAUCCCAGUUGGAGGCGGAGGGCUGAUCGCUGGAAUGGCAGUGGCCAUCCGAACCUUGUUUCCGAAGAUCCAGAUUAUUGCCGUGGAGGCCAACGAAUGCCCGAGCUUCACGGUAGGUGGGCGUUAGAUAAGUUGGGCUUUCAUUAAUAGUCGUAUUUUUCCUUUAUUUUGCCGAAAUGUAAAAAAAUUUAGCCUAAUUUUAUUUUAUUUAUUAAAAAAUUAGUCAUCAUUUUUUCAUGAUGACUUAAUUUUCAUCCCAAUUUUUUUGAGAAAUUCUAUACUUAAAGAAUGCCAUGAAGCAAGGAAAAGCCGUCUACACGGCUUCGCAUCCCACUCUGGCCGAUGGUUUGGCAGUCCCGACCGUUGGGAUCAACGCUUUUGCAACGGCCAAAGAUCUCGUGGACAAAGUGGUCACAGUCACCGAAAAAGACAUCGCUCUGGCAAUUCUGAGGCUUGUGGAAUGGGAGAAAGUGAUCACAGAAGGCGCUGGAGCAAUUUGCGUGGCAGCGUUGUUGAGCGGUAAGUCGGCUUAGGGAUUUUUCGAACUUUCUUGACACUAAUUGCAUAUUGUACAUGAGAUCAAAAAAUUUUUUCAGAUUCCUUGCCGGAAUUAAAAGGAAAACGGGUUGCCUGCGUCCUAUCUGGAGGAAAUAUCGAUUCUACGGCGUUGGGAGUGAUCAUUGAACGAGGUAGCCACAUUUUUUAUAUUGAUUUAGACAUGAUUUUGAUGAUUUUUUUGAAAUUUUUGGUUUUUUUAAAGUUAAAACUGAUUUUUUUCCCUCAAAUGACUUUUUCAGGUAUGGUGACGGACACUCGUCUCUGCAGUUUCAGCGUUGUCGUGUCGGAUCGACCGGGCGGUGUCGCCGAAUUGGCCGAUAUUAUUGCCAAAUGUGGAGCCAGCAUCAAAACAAUGCACAUGGAUCGAACCUGGCUUCAGCAAAACGUAUUCUCGGUGAUGGUGAAGAGCAGUGUGGAGACGAGGAACUAUGAGCAUGCCAGCGAACUCAAAGAGACCCUUCAGCAGCGCUACGAAGAGGUCGACUUCAAAAUGGGACCAAAGUGA